AUGAAAUAUUUCCCUCUUCUUGAAUUGCCUGAAGAAAUUCAGGCGUUGGUGGUUGAACGUGUGGCCCGUAACUCCUUCCAAGAUCUCUAUGGCCUCAAAGCAUCGUCCAAGUCGAUGAAAGCAUUAGCAGAGCGGCGUGGUGUAUACUAUUUUUACGAUGUGUUAUACGUUCCCUGGGGACUCAAUAUGCCUUCGCAGUUGUUGAAAUCUUGCUACGCUGAGGGAAAUCCAAGCACACUUUAUAUAAAGGGUGUACAGUUCUACUUCACAUUCGACCUUCAAGAAGGUCUUUCUCUCAUGAAGCAUGCAGCAGAUGCAGGAUAUGAGCAUGCUGUGUAUACACACGCAAUUACUCAAGCAAUCUUUUUGUGUGAUGGGCAGUAUUUUAAUGGUAUUCCAAGAGAAUGA